ACAGGGAAGGGGCGCUCGGGAGGGGAAGUGUGAAGGGGUCCGGAGUGGGGGGGAUCCGAGGAGACUGAGAGUGGACCUGUCUGAGGAGACUCAGAUUGGGGGCACGCGGGUGUUCAGAAUGGGGCAUCUGAAAGGGCUUGAGGCGGCAGGAGGGUGCAUGGGGAGUUUGAAUGUUGUUAGAGACCCAGACUCAUGGUCGCAGGUUUGAAGUUGUUAGGAUGGCAUCUCAAACUGUUUGAAGGGGCUUUGGGGUGCAGCCCUGGAGGCUAUGCGUGGAGCUCUUGGGAAAGGCUCCCAGUGAGGUCAGAGGAUAUUCUCUGUGAGAGGCUUAAGGGGCAGAAAUGUGUAGUUUCGUGGGCCAUUGUGGAUGAAGUUUGGGGCAGUGUUCUGGGUACUCACUGUGUCCGGGUGGCUUUUGAGAUGCUGAGGACUCAGGUUUUAGAAACCAAGACUGGGUGCAUGGAGUUGGUGUCCAUGGAGGAUCAGGAUGCCAGGGUCCCAGCCCUGGAACCAUUCAGGGUGGAACAGGCACCACCUGUAAUCUACUAUGUCCCUGACUUCAUCUCCAAGGAAGAGGAGGAGUAUUUGCUUCGACAGGUCUUCAAUGCCCCAAAGCCAAAGUGGACCCAGCUCUCUGGGAGGAAGUUACAGAAUUGGGGUGGGCUCCCCCAUCCCCGGGGGAUGGUUCCUGAGCGGCUGCCUCUGUGGCUCCAGCGCUACGUGGACAAAGUAUCUGACCUCAGCCUUUUUGGAGGUCUCCCAGCCAACCACGUCCUUGUGAACCAGUAUCUGCCUGGGGAGGGCAUCAUGCACCAUCAGCCUGGGCUCCCACACCAUGCUGGACCUCUACGAGCCGCGGCAGCCAAAGGACGAUGACCCCGCAGAGCAGCCCCGGUCCCCGCCCCGGCCGACCACCUCGCUGUUGCUGGAACCGCGC